GCCGCGGGAAGGACGGACGGACGGACGCGCCGCCGGCCCCUCCGCAGCCAUGGCCGAGCGCGCCGCCCGCCGCUGCUGCCUCGGCUGGGACUUCAGCACGCAGCAGGUGAAAGUUGUUGCUGUUGAUGCAGAGCUGAAUGUGUUCUAUGAGGACAGUGCGCAUUUUGACAGAGACCUUCCAGAAUUCGGGACUCAGGGUGGAGUUCACGUUCACGAGGAUGGGCUGACAGUGACAUCUCCAGUCCUGAUGUGGGUCCAGGCUUUGGAUAUCAUCUUGGAGAGGAUGAAGGCCUCGGGCUUUGACUUCUCUCAAGUCCUCGCCCUGUCUGGGGCCGGCCAGCAACAUGGAAGCAUAUACUGGAAGGCUGGGGCCAGCCAGGUGCUGAGAAGCCUGUCACCAGACCUCCCGUUACAUAAGCAGCUGCAGGCCUGUUUCUCCAUCAGCGACAGCCCGGUGUGGAUGGACUCCAGCACCACAGCCCAGUGUCGCCAGCUGGAGGCCGCGGUGGGCGGCGCCCAGGCUCUCAGCUGCCUCACAGGCUCCCGGGCCUACGAGCGAUUUACGGGAAACCAGAUCGCGAAGAUUUACCAGCAGAACCCCGAGGCCUACUCACACACGGAGAGAAUUUCUUUGGUCAGUAGCUUUGCUGCCUCCCUGUUCCUUGGGUCUUACUCUCCUAUCGACUGCAGUGAUGGUUCUGGAAUGAAUUUGUUGCAGAUCAAGGACAAAGUCUGGUCGCGGGUCUGCCUUGCUGCCUGUGCUCCUCAUUUAGAGGAGAAGCUUGGCUCACCGGUACCGUCCUGCUCAGUUGUGGGAGCCAUUUCUUCCUACUACGUCCAGCGCUAUGGAUUUCCUCCAGGAUGCCAAGUGGUGGCCUUUACUGGGGACAACCCUGCGUCGCUGGCAGGCAUGAGGCUGGAGGAAGGUGACAUUGCGGUCAGCCUGGGCACCAGCGACACCCUAUUUCUCUGGCUCCAAGAGCCCAUGCCCGCCCUGGAAGGGCACAUCUUCUGCAACCCUGUUGGCUCCCAGCACUACAUGGCACUCCUCUGCUUUAAAAAUGGCUCCCUCAUGAGAGAGAAGAUCCGUGAUGAGUCAGCUUCCUGUUCCUGGAGUGAGUUCUCUGAGGCACUGCGGUCCACCGAGAUGGGGAACGGCGGGAACCUGGGUUUUUAUUUUGACGUAAUGGAGAUCACCCCUGAAAUUAUUGGGCGCCAUAGGUUUAGUGCAGAAAACCACAAGGUCCCAGCAUUCCCCAGGGAUGUGGAGAUCCGAGCACUGAUUGAAGGGCAGUUCAUGGCCAAGAGGAUUCAUGCCGAGGGCUUGGGCUACCGAGUCAUGCCCAAGACAAAGAUUUUGGCCACUGGAGGGGCAUCUCACAACAGAGACAUCUUACAGGUACUUGCGGAUGUGUUUGGCGCCCCAGUGUAUGUCAUAGACACUGCCAACUCUGCCUGUGUGGGCUCUGCGUACCGAGCUUUCCAUGGCCUUGCAGCUGGAACAGACGUGCCCUUUUCAGAGGUUGUGAAGUUAGCCCCACCUCCCAGAUUAGCUGCUACCCCAACCCCAGGAGCUUCUCAGGUCUACGAGGCCCUCCUUCCACGAUACGCCAAGCUUGAGCAGAGAAUCCUGUCGCAGACCCAGGGGCCUCCUGAGAGAAUUCCUCAGGCCCAGGCACCCCUGUUAACCCUGCCUGCCCAGACUCACUGAUCCCGCCUCGAGACGUGCUCCUGGACAGCAGGGAUCCUCCUCCUUGUUCUAAGUGACUGUGCCUGCCCACCUUGCACUGCUCCAGUCCUGCCCCGGACCACCUAAACCCAAGGGACUUUUAUGUACAGGGACUUAAAUCAGCAGAACGGGGGAAACAAAGCCAUCCCUCAUCCCUUGACCCCAGCACCCCCUUCUCCAACUCGGACUCUUUGGCCACUCCUCCCCAAACUGCAACCCACAGCCACCCCCGCCCCAUACCGUGACCCUGCUAUCCCAUUUCACCACCCCCCCAACCCUGACUCCCUUCUUUCAGUGUCUGAAUGGCCUCCUAGUUUCUUCCUUUCUUGCCUUCCCCAUGCUUACUCCUCCUUCAAGGUUUCUCCCUUCUGUCCUUCCAGCAUCUGCCCCUCAUCCUACAUGAGCUCUUCUUCCUCCCCGUGCCCACCUGCUGAAACUCACUACCUCCCACCCAAAGAGUUUGACACACCUGAUGACCGUGCUUCCUGUCCCCUCCCAUCAGCUCUCCCCACCGGUUGCCUGACUCCCUGGCACACCAGACCACUUGGAGGGCCCCUCUCCCAGGUAGUACAGGGUAGCACCUCCCUCCCUCCAUCCCUUCCUUCAGGGAGAAUUUCUCAAAUUCUGGAUUUUUUGAUUCUAUUUCUGUGGUGUCGUUUGACAUGUUCUCUGUCUUCUAUAUUUCCUGAAGAUUGGUGGUUGGAUCCAAUACAGAGUUCCUCACCCUCAGUACUAUUGACAUUUGGGACUGGAUAAGUUUUGGUUGUGGGGGGCAGCAGUAUCACUGGCGUCUACCCGCCAGAUGCCAGUGUCACCCUCUCCCCGAGUCGUGACAAUCCAAAAUGUCUCCAGACGUGGCAAGAUACCUCCUGGUGGGGAUAGGGAGGCCAAAUUGCCCCUCGUUCAUAACCACUGACUUAAGAGACUCGAUCACACACGAUGCAGUUUUCCUUUUUGCGUCAGACAACCAGGACGGUGUUGUGUUCUUCCAUCAGGAGGCACGUAAUGUCUGGUUUUCUCUCACUGUUGUGAUGUUCAUCCCCAGGUCCAUCAGCGCACUAGGGAUCCAGUUUUGUUAGUCCUCUUCAUUUAUGACCUGGCAUUCUUCUAUGUGAGACAUUCCCCAUCCAGUUACCCAGUGGUGGUGUUUAUAUAGGAGAGGCCGAAUAAAUAGAUUCUUCCCGGUGUUCACUAGUGUUCAAAAUAAUGGGUUAAUCCCCAGGCAUCCUCUACCAGCAACUAGAUAUUUUUUUCAGUGUCAAUCUGAUGCAUUUAGCGUAUUUUAUGUGUUUUAAUCCAUUGGGGUAAUUAUUUCUGUCCUUGCCUUCUGUUGUUAGCCAUUCUCUCCAGCUCUUCUGCUUCCCUGAUGUUUCAUUCCUUCUUUCCUUACUGAUACUUCUGCUCUGUUUACCCCUUAAUUCCUGCUGGGCCCCAAAUCUCUGUCCUCAUCCUUCUUUCUCACCCAUUCUGUCCUCUGGUUAGAUGAUUUCAUCUAUUCUUGGGUUUCAACCACCGUUUCCAUACCAGGAACCUCCAGAUCUAUGUUUCCAUCCAGAACUCUCCUUGGAGUCUACCAGCAUUCUCACAGGGGUACUUCAGACUCCACUUAUCUUCCCUUGCCCUUCCCCCAACCUCCUCCUUUCAUGUUGCUGUUUCAGUGAAUUGGAAUCACCAUGCAUCCAUGCAUUCAGGAACCCAACCCCCAAAUGCAGAUAUCCUCUCUCUUUCCCACGUCAGAUGAGUCACCAGGUGAGUUUGGUUAUUCCUCUGGUAACUCCUAAAGCAGUUCCUUUCUCUCCAUCCCCCCUGUUUUACCUUGGACCCCUUUAUACCUUGCUCAAAUUAUGACAAAAGCCUACAUAGAAAAUCCUCUGUGAUCUGCUUCUACAGAAUCCCCCAGAGAUUACCUCUGCUGCAGGCCCUCACCUAAAUUGGGACUUCAGUGAAACCAGGCUCCUUGUGGUCUCACCCAGAGUGGAAAAAUGCUGCAGAGCAGGUCUGAGACCCGGUGGGUUAGAGCAGUGGAUAGGGGGGAGUCAAAAGGAAGAGGUUUGCAAAAUGAACGGGGCCGGCAGCAUUUCUGAGAGAGAUGAAGUCAUCUCAAAAGGAAGUGGUGUCCUUAGCAGGCUUGGUGGAUGAGAGGAAGAAGAAAGCAGAAAGCUGAGGGUGACAGCCUGUCAACAGCAAGUCGAUUCAGAGGAAAACGGGCAACUUCCCAACCCCUGCUACCUACACUUGACUUAUGAAAGAAAUUUUACAACAUUGACCAACAGAAAAAGGCUCUCUUAGACCAAGAAACAGAGAAAGGCGGUCAGUCCAUUUCCCAUUUUACCUCUGCCCCCAUAGAGUUGUCUGUCAUUGCAAGCAUGUCAACAUAAAUAGAAAAGGGAACUUACCACAUAGACAUACGUAGGAAGAAAACAAAGUAAGAAUCGAUUUUUCAAGCUGAUGAAAUACUCCAAAAUAAAGAGAACGAAAGAGAGUAAAGGACAAAUACGGUAAAUCGUAACAACCCUCCGGUGUGAGCUUUAAAAGAAGUUUCAGUGCAAGUGCAGAUGUGAAAGAAUAUCACAGGUCAGAGCAUUUAAAACUCAGAAUGAAAAUGAAGGUUCAACAGGCAUGUGUGUGAAGAGAGAACUGAUCAAGCUUGGGAAAGGAUUUGAACAAAAAAGCGUCAUAGGAAUGAAGACUAAAUUACAACAUAUUCAAAUAAAAAUCGAGAUGUCUUCAAGAUAUAGAAGAUGGGAAUGAUGAAAGCUAAGACAGCAAAGGAUAGAGAGGAAGAGCUGACAAAGUCCAGAAGGAAAAGGAUCAGUAAAGUAACAGGUAAAAUGGGAGCUUCUGGAAGCUACCAAAAGAGAAGACAGUGGAAUUGGUUAUUUUUUUUUUUAAUUUUUGAUUAUUUUUUAGUAUAAUUUAUUGUCAAAUUGGCUAACAUACAGUGUGUACAAGGCGCUCUUGGUUUUGGGGUAGAUUCCCAUGGUUCAUCACUUCCAUACAAUACCCAGUGCUCAUCCCAGUGAGUGCCCUCCUCAGUGUGAUCGCCCGCUUUCCCCUCUCCCCCCCCCCCCCCCCCCCCAUCAACCCUCAGUUUGUUCUCUAUAUUUAGGAGUCUCCUACGGUUUGCCUCCCUCCCUCUCUGUAACUAUUUUUUCCCCUUCCUUUCCCCAUGGUCUUCUGUUAAGUUUCUCAAGAUAGUGGAAUUGGCUAAUACUUAAACUGCCCCUGGAAGUUUCUGAAAAGCAAAAGAUGUGAAUCUUUAUCUUGAAAGGGCCCCUUUUUGUUACAUGGAAAAUUGACCCAGAAUGAUCAACUGAGACAUAUCCUAGCAAACUGCUACACUUUGAAGGUGAGGAAAAAACCCAUCUAGUCCAAAAGAGCUAGUUUUUAACAAAGGAAAGGUCAGGUUGGCAUCAGAUUUCUCAAAAAAAGAAAGUACAAGGGAGCAACAUUUUCAAGAAGUUUAAAGAAAAAAACUGAACUAAGAAUAAGUGUUUUGUAUCAAGCUAAGCUGUCCUUUAAGUAUCAAGGAUAUAUCGAAGUUAGAAUCAUGUGAGAGCUCAAGAAAUAGUGUACUUGUAACCCUGGAGGACCUUACUAAAAGACAUGCUUCAACCAACUACGAGAUGAUUGGGGGACUUCAGCAAAAUGACUGAUGGUGAGCCUUGAGUGUCUUUAGUUUCAGAUCUAAGACCAAAAUAAAAGUGGAGAUAAGGGUAGAAGAAUAGUAUCAAGUGGUAUAUGCUUUGACAAGGUAGAAAUAACAAUGAAAUAGGGGCGCCUGGGUGGCUUGGUCGGUUAAGCGUCCGACUUCAGCUCAGGUCAUGAUCUCAUGGUCCGUGAGUUCGAGCCCCGCGUCGGGCUCUGUGCUGACAACUCAGAUCCUGGAGCCUGUUUCAGAUUCUGUGUCUCCCUCUCUCUCCGCCCCUCCCCCUGUUCAUGCUCUGUCUCUCUCUGUCUCAAAAAUAAAUAAACGUUUAAAAAAAAAUGAAAUAAAUGAAAAAGAAGGGAGAAAGGACAAUACAAAGACGUCUGUGUUGCAAAGGGAACGUACAAGGCAAAGUAUCAUUUAAAGUUGACAAAGCAAAUAGUUGGGACUUAAGUAAGAAAAAGACUAAAAAUUAUAUAAAGGUAAUAGUGUCUUAUGAAGAUAAUCACCAGAAUAAAAAUAGAAAUCUCCCUCAAUGUCCGAAGAAACAAUAGUAAAAACAAUAAAUCACAUAGUGAAAAACAUACAGUGAAUAUAGUAUAUACACACAGUAGUAUAACAAGCAUAGAGUCAAAUUAGUAAAGGACUCAACUCCUCUAUUAAAAGUUCAAAAAUGGGCAAAGGGAAAAAAAGAGGUAAACCAAGAAAUACUAUAGAGAAUAAAUGAGGUUACCAGAGGGGCGUUGGAUGGGGAGAUGGGUGAAGUCGGUGAUGGGGAUUAAGGAGUGCAGUUGUGAUGAGCACUGGGUGAUGUAUGGAAGUGUUGAACACUAUAUUGUACACCUGAAAUUAAUAUUACACUGUAUGUUAACACAUUUAAAUAAAAACUUUGAGAAAAGUUCAGGUUGGGGGGCACCUGAGUGGCUCAGUCAGUUAAGCAUCCAACUCGAGUUUGGCUCAGGUCAUGAUCUCAUGGUUUGUGGGUUCAGGCCCCGAGUGGGGCUCUGUGCUGACAGUGUGGAGCCUGCUUGGGAUUCUCUCUUCCUCUCUCUCUGCCCCUCUCCCUUGCUCAUGCUUUCUCUUGCUCAAAAGUCUAUUUAAACUUGAGGCCUUACUUUUUUCAAAAAGUUUCAGAUUAGCUCACAAACCAACAUCAUAUUAUCUUAUUUACAAGAGACACACUUAAAACAAUUGAUCCACAAAGGCUAAAAAUUAGAGAGCUGGGCAAAAAUAUACCAGGCAGAUACAAAUCAUAAAAAGCAAGAUUGCAAUAUUGCUAUUUGACAAAGGUAGAAGCCAGGAGAAAAUUAGACAAAGAAGGGCACUAUAAUGCUAAAGGCCACAGUUCACAAUGAAGGUAUGUUAUGAAUGUUACAGCCUCAGCUAUUUCUUUUGUCAACGUUAAAUGAUUUUCUUUGAUUUCACCUAUAGAUUCCAACAAUCUAUAUAUCUUCUGAAUAUAUAUUGAACUUUGCACCUAAUAAGGAAUAAUAAUAAAUAAUAGAGAAUAUAUUAUUCUCACAAAAACUGGUAAUUUAUUAUAUCACAAAGACAUCUAUAAUUGCCGCAAAAUAAGGAGAAUACAAUCUUCUUUAAUCACAAUGCAAUAAAAUGAGAAUAAAAUAUAUGUGUUUUUAAUGCUUAUUUUUGAGAGAGACAGAGCAUGAGCUGGGGAGGGGCAGAGAAAGAGGGAGACAGAACCCGAAGCAGGCUCCAAGUUCCAAGCACAGAGCCCCAUGCGGGGCUCGAACCCAUGGACCAUGAGAUCAUGACCUGAGCUAAGUCUGAUGCUCAACCGACUGAGCCACCCAGGCACCUCAAUAAAAUAUAUUCCUUAGUCCCACCUGGAGAAAGACUUCUAUGAAUAGUUCUUGGAGCAAAGGGGACACAUAAACUAAAAUUUUAGAGCUUUUAAAAAAUGAUAAUGAAAUCUGUGAGAUAUAUUUAAAGCAGUGAUAGGUGAAAUAUAACAAUACUGCAACACAAUGUGUCAACUAUACUCAAAAAUUUUUAAGUACUGUAACAAUGAUGAGAGACUAAAACGUAAAUGAAUUAAAAAUACAACUCAAUCAGGCAACAACAUGCUGGCAAGGAUGCAGAGAAAGAGGAUCUCUUUUGCACUGCUGGUGGGAAUGCAAACUGGUGCAGCCACUCUGGAAAACAAAAUGGAGGUUCCUCAAAAAAUUAAAAAUCGAACAACCCUACGACCUAGCAAUUGCACUACUAGGUGUUCAUCCAAGGGAUACAGGUAUGCUGUUUCGAAGGCACAUGCACCCAAUGUUUAUAGCAGCACUAUCAACAAUAGCCGAAGUAUGGAAAGAGCCUAAAUGUCCCAUCGAUGGAUGAAUGGACAAAGAAGUUGUGGUGUAUAUAUACAAUGGAGUAUUACUCCACAAUCAAAAAGAAUGAAAUCUUACCAUUUGCAACUAUGCAGAUGGAAUUUCGCUAAGCGGAAUUAGAGAAAGACAAAUAUGACUUCACUCAAAUGAGGACUUUAAGAUAUAAAACAGAUGAACAUAAGGGAAGGGAGCAAAAAUAAUAUAAAAACAGGGAGGGGGACAAAACAUAAGAGACUCUUCAAUAUGGAGAAAAAACAGGGUUACUGGAGGGGUUGUGGGAGGAGGGAUGGGCUAAAUGGGUAAGGGACAUUAAGGAAUCUACUCCUGAAAUCAUUGUUGCACUAUAUGCUAACUAACUUGGAUGUAAAUUUAGAAAAUAAAUAAAAUGGAAAAAAGUACAACUCAAAAACAAAAAAAAAGAACAGUGAACAAAAGAGGGGGGGAUGUUAGAAGUAAUGAUAAAAUCAUGUUGGAAAACAGGAAAAUAACAUUAGGAGUAUUUUGAUUGGGAAAAAAAAUAGACAAGUCACUAGCAAACUUAAGUAAAAGGGCAAGGAACUAAAAAUAUAAAAAAGUAAAAUGGUGAAAAAAUAAAACAAAAUAACUUUUAAUUUUAAGGACUAUUUUAUACAAUCCUACAAAGAAGUUUAGAAACCUAGAUGAAAUGGUAAUGGCCUAGGAAAACAAUGUGUAAGAUGACUCCAGUAGAGAUAAGUUUAAGCAGACUAAUUUUCAUAAAGGAAAUGGAAAAGGUUGUCGAAGAGCUAUACUAUGAAAAGGACUCUAGGUCAGAUGGUUUCACAGGAUAAUUCUGCCAAACUUUCAUAGUUAAUCCCUUUGCUAUAUAAUGUAUUCCAGGGCACUGGAAAAGAAGAAACACUUCCAGAUUAUUUGUGUG